CUUGUUCAAACCGGCUCCAGAGUUUAUGUGAGGCAGAGGUGAAGCAGCUCUAAACAACCAUGACGAGCAAAAGGGACAUCCUGGAGAGGUUGAAUGCCGGGGAGGUGGUCGUUGGUGAUGGUGGGAUGGUUUUGCAGUUGGAGAGACGUGGUUAUGUGAAAGCUGGACACUGGACCCCUGAAGCAGCUGUUCAACAUCCUGAAGCAGUGCGCCAGCUGCACAGGGAGUUCCUCAGAGCUGGAGCUGAUGUACUUCAAACAUUCACCUUUUACUGCAGUGAGGACAAGCUGGAGCUGAGUGGAAAUGUCACCGACAUCACUGGUGCUGAAAUCAAUGAAGCAGCCUGUGACCUGGCCAGAGAAGUGGCUGAUGAGGGGAGUGCUCUGGUCGCCGGCUGUGUGUCCCAGACUCCCUGUUACCUGGGAAAUCACAACGAGGCCGAGGUCAAGUCUCUGUUUAAGAAACAGAUGGAUGAAUUUCUCAAAAAGGACAUUGACUUCUUCAUAGCUGAGUUUUUCCAGUAUGUGGAGGAAGCCGCCUGGGCUGUAGAGGUGCUGAAGACCAGUGGUAAAACUGUGGGAGCCACAAUGUGCAUCUCUCCUCAUGGAGACAUGAGCGGACUGCCUCCUGGGGACUGUGCUGUGCGUCUGGUCAAAGCAGGAGCUGAUAUCGUUGGGGUAAACUGCCACUUGGACCCGACGGCUUGUAUCCAAACAGUGAAGCUGAUGAGAGAGGGGCUGGAGAGGGCAGGCCUCAAAGCCCACCUCAUGAUCCAGCCUCUGGGGUGUCACACUCCUGAAUGUAAUAAGAGUGGUUAUAUGGGUCUGCCAGAGUUCCCAUUUGCGUUGGAGUGCAGGUCUUUGACUCGCUGGGAUGUGCACAAAUAUGCCAGGGAGACAUACGAGGCAGGGAUCCGGUACAUCGGCGGCUGCUGUGGGUUUGAGGCCUAUCAUAUACGAGCCAUAUCUGAGGAGCUGCGAGCAGAGAGGGGCUUUCUCCCGCCUGCAUCAGAGAAGCACGGCCUGUGGGGGGCAGCAUUGGAGAUGCACACAAAACCCUGGGUCAGAGCCAGAGCUCACAGAGAGUACUGGGAAAGUCUUCUACCAGCGUCUGGGCGGCCCAAGUGUCCAUCAAUGGCCACACCAGAGUAUGAAUGAAGAAAAUGUAUUUUUGUGCUCAAGUAUCAGAUAACAAUACAUGCAAUGCUAUAGAUAUAUGUUAAUAAGGCAUUAAUAAUGUUUUCAUAUCUGUCUGUCAAGCAUUAAACCACUACAAGAGGAUAAGCAUUGUGAAAUGCCAAGGUUAAAAUGCCAAAUGAUUAACAGAGUGUUUGAAGAUCUCUGGUCAAUGAGUGGACUGCAAUUCAAUAAUAUCAGAUUAGACAACACC